UUGAGUGCGGAUAAGGAAGGUAAAGAAAACAUAGCAUAGCAUAGAACAAAACCCAAAAAACCAGAAAAAAGAAGAAACCAUGGCAACUUCAUCUACCAUAAUAUCGUCUUCUCUCCUUCCCACCAGAGUUUUAACAGCAAAUUCUCAAAACCAGAAACUCUGCCUUUUACGUAAUGGGACUCUGCCUGGCACAGCCUCCAAAAGAAGUGCUGCCUUCAGAGUUCAAGCUGCCAAGCUUCCUGCUGGGGUGGUGGUGCCAAAAGUAGAGCCAAAAUUUGAGCCCCCCUUCCUUGGGUUCACCAGGACUGCAGAAAUAUGGAACUCUAGAGCUUGCAUGAUUGGACUUAUUGGAACUUUCAUUGUAGAAUUGAUAUUGAACAAAGGAAUAUUACAGUUGAUUGGAGUGGAAAUUGGAAAAGGUCUUGAUAUUCCUCUGUGACCAUUGUAUAAAGGGGGAACUUUAUUUGUAACAAGCACUGGUUCAAAACUGCAUUUUGUAAUUCAUCUUAAGUGGGUUGCUCUGUUUUGCACCUCAUUAAUUUGUGUGCAGAUCAGACUUUGUAAUAUAUAGAACUUAUGCUGCAAGGAACCCCAUGCUUCGUUUUCGAUU